AUGUCACAUGAAAUUACCGAGGAGACAGAAGAAGAGUCUCAAUGGUUUAUCAACACAAAAUAUCAGAAGGAAAAGAUCAUGAAGAUUAUACAAAACCAAAAGUCUCUAUAUUCAUCAUCAACAACAACAUCAUCAUCAUUAUCUUUAUCAUCUUCAAUUGCAACUUCUUUUUCUUACUCUAAAUCUAGUAGUUUGUUGGAGUUGAUGAAAGGUGGAAGCACUUCUAUGAGAAGAUUAUUUGACAUGGAGCAUACAAGUUUGUCAAAUCAUUUUGAUUAUUAUAGUGGCUCACCUAUUAUUAAGCCUAUUUCUUUGUGGGAUAGUGAUUCGGAUAGAGAAUUUCAUGACCCUUGGGCCUUGUUCAAGAAGAUUGGAUCCACAAAUGGUUAUGGUAUUGAUAGAGAAAGUGAGUUAGCUUCAAAGGGUACUCACAUGGAUGAAGAUUUUGGAUCUCACAAUAGAAAUGAUAAAAAGGGGAAGCAUAAAUUGUCUAGGAAGAAAUCUUUUAGAAGAUUACCAAGAUUUAGUUUGUGGAGAUGUGGAAGAUUCAAAUUUCAUUUGAGAUUAAGACGAUUCAAAUUUCGAAUUUGGGAUAGAAAACUCAAAUAG